AUGUCGGACCUCGAAAAGGUGCCGAUGGAUGGGUCUAGUUCGUUCGAAGCUCUGCGAGGUGAUGCAAGUGCCUCGAAAGAAGACAAUCACGUACCCAACACGCGCACUGUCCAACUGCAUGUGAGUGGUAUGACUUGCGGUUCAUGUGUGGCAAGUAUCGAAAAAAUGCUGGGGCAGAAGCCGGGGAUCGAGUCUGUGACUGUGGCUCUGCUUGCGGAGCGUGCAACGGUUGUGUAUGAUGCUGCAUCUACCUGGACGCCUGACAAGCUCGUCGAGGCCAUUGAUGACAUUGGCUUCGAUGCUCAGGUCGUGCCGGAGCGUGCAGAGGACGCCGUUACACUUUCAGUAUUUGGCAUGACGUGCAGUUCUUGCACAUCUUCGCUAGAGCAUGCGCUUAUGAGAGUCGAUGGCGUCGUGUCAUGUAACGUCUCGCUCACACUCCAGAGAGCACAAAUCGAGUUCGAUCACCACCGAACAAGCGUGCGCGCGCUUGUUGAGGCAGUGGAAGAUGCUGGAUUUGAUGCGAUUGUAUUUGAUGAUCGGGACGAAGCGCAGAUCGAGAGUCUCACGCAUGUGCAUGAGAUGCAUGAUUGGCUACAUGCAUUCAUGAUCUCGUUAUUGUUUGCCGUGCCUGAGUUUCUUGUCUGUAUGGUGUUAAUGCACGUACGGCUUCUUCGACCAUUUCUCAUAAUGCAGCCCGUGCGCGGCCUGUAUAUGCAGGAUGUACUUGGCCUCUUACUUACGCUGCCCGUGCAAUUUGGUGUGGGGCAACGGUUCUUCCGAGCGGCAUACAAGGCCAUUCGCCAUGGUUCUAUGACUAUGGAUACACUUGUCGUUAUCGGAACGAUGGCCUCUUGGACGUUCAGCGUCCUCGCCAUGCUCAUGAUGCUUGGCUGCACCGACCACUGUGAAAAGCCACGUACCUUCUUUGAUACGUCAACCAUGCUCAUUACCUUUGUGUCGUUGGGUCGGUACUUGGAAAGCUCGGCGAAAGGCCAGACGGGCCAGGCUCUCACACGCCUCAUUCAGCUCGCCCCACAGAAAGCCACGAUUUACACGGAUGAGCACCACCAGACAGAGCGAGUCAUCCCGGCAGAACUGCUCCAGGUUGGCGAUACAGUGAAACUUGUGCCGGGAGAAAAAAUUGCAGCGGAUGGUAUCGUCCGGCAUGGCCAGAGCUUCGUUGAUGAAAGCAUGGUCACGGGCGAGCAUGUGCCUGUGCACAAGACCGUCGGUGCCCAGGUGUUGGGGCGGCACCGUCAAUGGCAGUGGAACGCUCGACUUUGA